UCGGGCACCUAUGGAGUUAGGAGGUCAAACUCCCUUUCUGCCCGCAGCCAGAAAAGAGGGGCCUAGCUAUGGAACAGGUAUUGCCACGAGGACCGGCAGGAUUCGAGAAGAGUUUCGCAGAAAUGGAGACAAGCCUGUUCGUGGGGAUGAAGAAGGAGGAAAUUUACCAGGUUAAAGUAUAUCGUCGAGAGAAAGGGGAACCUCGCGGGUAAACGCGACUGGUAACUUUGAUUCGCUCCAUUCAGUGCGUGAUCCUUAGCCACGUGUGUGCGUCCACCUUUGUUCUAGCUCGAAAGUUCAAUCCUUUACUCUUCUACUCUGUUCGUAACAAAGUAUACCGAUAAAACGAUCGAACGCUUUCAAGAUAAUUCUUUCCGAAGACCUUGCACUCGAAACUCUCUUCGAGACAUCGAUGACUUCUUUAAGUGUUUACGAUCGAAUCUAGUGGCCGGCGAAAAAAGAAAGUGAAGCCGUAAAUAGAGAGUUUGCAGUAACAUUUGAACGCGUGCCAACGAUCGACGUUUCGUGUGAUUCAACAUGCACGAGAAUUAUCCGUCAAUCAGUUAGCUUAGAUGUGUUUUCUUCAAAAUUCUCUUUAAGGAUUAAAAUCAAAAUGACUUCGAUAUAUUAUUUAUUAAUAAUAAGCUGUAUCCUUCAGACGACAAUAUCGAAAAAUGAGUCGAAUAUUCUGAGACUCGGUAAGCCUCGAGAUAAAUCGUCGAUCACCACCGAGACACCGAAUUCGAAUAGCACCGAUCAAGCAGACGAGAAAGAGGCGUCGAAGGAACGGCGCCCUUUAAUUGAAUUCAGCAAGAACAAUCCGGAACUAGAUUGGAAGAACUACCUGAAAUUGUUCGACGAGAAGGAAGAAGAACAGAGGGAUCUGGACGUCGAUUUUAUGAAAGAGAAGCUCGAGAAAACGGCCAACAGCGUCCAAUGGUUGGCGGAUCUUUACGAUCCACUCAAAUGGUCCAGAUUACCUGGUAAACUCGACGACAAUUGCAGAAGAGACAUGGAGUUCUUCUUGAAGUCUCUCCAGGAUGGGAAACUCUGGGCCGCUAAGAUGUCAGACGCGAGCGGUCGUUAUUCGUCGCAAUUUUAUUUCGGUAACGGUUUCUGGCUCGGUUCGAGCAGCCUCUGCAAAGAAUUGAACGGAACCGAUGGAAACAUUGGUACGGGGAUCGAGGACAGGCCGCCCUAUCCGGUGAAAUUCCACGUGGCCAGGAUGUACCUCGCUUUACCCAAGGAAAUAGACUUCUCCACACGACAACUAUUCCUCGGUCUCUGUUUACCAGCUACCUGUGGUCAAGUAUCUCUGACCUCGAUGUUGAGAGCAAACGCGGAUCGAGUCGAACUAGAAGGUAAUUCGACUUAUCGAACGAUCGGACCGAAAAUUCACAUCAUUUCGGUGAAACAAGUACCCUCCAGCGACUACACCGCUUGGCACGACCCCAAGUUUUACGUCCUCUCAGGAAUCGGUGGCACGAUAGUGUUUCUGAUGCUAUGCGCCACGAUUUACGAAUACAGAGCACUACCGAACGUAAGCGACGUAGAAUCCUCGAGCGUGUCGAAUAACAACGAGAGGCUCAGCAAUUUCUCCAACAAAAAUUUGAAUCAGGAUCACGCGUCGGCACAAGAGAACGGAGAGGAGCUGAUCGAGAAAGGAAAGAGUUUACAGAAGGAUCUACCCGAUCUUCCAAAGAAGGAGAGUAAAAGAGGAUUCUGGUUGACGUGCCUGACAGCGUUCAAUCCUAUCGCGAACGGAAGCAAGAUCCUCAGCACAGAGCCUGCGGCCAGAGAUAGUCUGACUUGUUUGCACGGUCUAAGGGUGUUCUCUCUUGGGUGGGUGGUUAUGGUGCACACCUAUCUGCAGGUUUACUCCAUCGCCGAGAACAAAACCUUACGCACGGUGACCGAGAGAAACUUCAUGUUUCAAACUAUCAGCAACGCUACAUUUUCCGUGGACACGUUCUUUUUCAUCAGCGGUUUGCUGGUGACAAUCUUGUUCUACCGAUCGUCUGGAAGCUUAAAGAACGAUAAGGACAGUUUCAUGAAGACCUGCUUUAACAAAUUUAUCAUCAUGAUCCUUUACAGAUUUAUCAGAUUGACACCGGCGUACCUCUUUGUCCUGGGGAUAAACGAGAUCGCCAUAAAGCACACGAUAUCGAGGACAGUAUUCUCGCCAGAGAUCAUCGAUCACUUGACCUGCGAGAAAUUCUGGUGGAGGAACGCCCUCUACCUAAACUCCUUGUAUCCUCGAAAGGAAAUGUGUAUGCUGUGGAGUUGGUACAUGGCAAACGACACCCAGUUCUACGUUCUCGGAAUAUUUUUACUUCUUCUCUCAAUUAAAUAUCUGAAAGCGAUCGCCGUGGUCGUUCUGCUCUUGAUCGUCUCGUCCUGGUUCACCACCUUUUCCAAGGCCUACGCCAACGAUUACAUAGCCAGGAUCCAAGAGCCGUUUGCCCUUUUCGACGAGCUGUACGACAAGCCCUGGCUAAGAGCUGGUCCUUACUUUGUCGGGAUAAUCACUGGUUACAUUUUGUUCAAAACUAGCUGCAAAUUGAAAUUACCGCUGAUUGCACGAUUGAUCGGCUGGAUAUUGUCUUUCGCCAUAAUGUUUUCGCUGGUUUACGGUCUAUACCCCGGAAAUUUAACGGUGACGCUGAGUUCCGUUUACGCCGCCUUGGGUCACACAGCCUGGGCGAUAGGAGUAUCCUUCAUCGUGAUUCAAUGCUGCACCGGAUCCGCCAGAAUGAUCGACAGCCUGUUGUCACUUAGGCUGAUGUAUCCGCUCUCGCGGUUAACUUACUGCGCCUACCUGGUGCAUCCUGUCAUCAUGAUGGUCACCGCCACCCAAAUGGAUGGCCCGCUCCACCUUCACAACGACGUCGUGUUGAUUCUGUACUUCGGCAAUCUGGUCGCCUCGUACUUGAUGUCCUUCUGCAUCUCCAUGGCGCUCGAGGCGCCUGUAGUCAAUCUCUUGAAGAUCGCUUUUACCUCGAAGAAGAGGAUCAGGUAGAGAAAGAUCGAACGUGA